ACCUAUCGUCGUACUUAGGGUAUGGCAAGUUCAUGUUUUAGGUGAGUGUGUCUAAAGCUCUGCGUUUCUUAAUUGUUUAAUAUCGUUCUACAUUUGUUUUUCUAUACAUAUAUUUAAGUAAUCGAUACAUUGUCAGUUUUAAACUCUUUUCUUACUUUAUAUUCUUUUCAUUGUAUUUACCUGCACUUCUUGAGGUUAUAUUUGUUAUAUUAGUGGUUGUUAAAUUAAAUAACGUGGACGAGUAUGGCUUUGAACGACCUCAAAAUUUUGAUUAUGAAACAUACGAAGAAUUUAUGUCCGAAUAUCUUAAAGUUCUUGCAAAACGUGCCAAAAAAUGGGCAGAAAUCUUUGGCGAAGGGAAAUCCUUACAACGAUGUAUUAUGAUAAAAAGAUAUGUUCGCAAAGGUAUUCCAGGAGAAUAUAGAGGCCAGGUAUGGCUUUCUAUUAGUGGAGGAGACGAGAUGAAACACGCAGCACCAGAUCUUUAUGAAAAAUUAUUACAACCUCCACACAACGCAGAAAUUGCUUCUGUCAUCAAAACUGAUCUCCCACGAACAUUUCCUGAUAAUAUUUUUUUUAAUAAUACUGAAAAUCAACAACACCAAUUGUACAAUAUUUUGUUGGCAUUUGCUCACCAAAAUAAAACUGUGGGAUAUUGUCAAGGUCUCAAUUACAUUGCAGGAUUGCUUUUACUAGUAACUAAAAGUGAGGAAACAGCAUUUUGGUUAUUAAAAGUAUUGAUAGAUAAGAUUUUACCUGAUUACUACACUCCAACGAUGGAUGGACUGCUUACUGACAUAGAUGUACUGGCAGAAUUAGUUAGAAUAAAAAUGCCGGACAUCUAUCAACAUGUAACAAAUUUAGGAUUACCCUGGCCGGUGAUUACAACUAAGUGGUUCGUGUGUUUAUUCGCAGAAGUUUUACCAAUCGAGACAACAUUGCGUAUAUGGGAUUGUCUAUUUUAUGAAGGUACGAAAAUAAUAUUUCGUGUCGCAUUGACCCUCAUUAAACGAAACAAAGAUAAUUUAUUAGCUUGUCAAGAUUUUACUUUACUGGCUGAAUGUUUUAAAGAAAUUACGAAAGAUAGUAUUGUUUUACAAUGUCAUGAUUUCAUGCAGAGUAUUUUUAAAGUACCUGGAUCACUGCCUGGUAGCACAAUUAUCAAAUUACGAACAAAAGUUACACAACAACGAAUUGAACAAAAAGAUAAUAAGUUAAGACGAUAGUAUCUAGAAAAGGAUACCCAAUAUCCACCGAAAUAAUCUAGUCCUUUAAUUCAUGUUUCAAAAUUGAUAUGAUAAAAGUAAACUUAUAUUAUUAUUAUUAUUAUAUAAGCACUUAGUAAUGUUGUAAAUAUAAAUUUAUAAUUAGAAUAUUAUAAGAUUGCAUUGUAAUAUAUAGUUGAAUUAAUUGACUUAUUUUGGACCGAAGAUCUAAACGACUUUAUUGUAAAAGAAUUAUGAUAAUAACAAGAACGUAUGAUGUAUGCAAUACAAGUAAUCAUACAACAAA